UCGUCGCGUCGCCUCCGCUGUCCAAACGCAAGGCACCCAAUUCCAUUCCCCACCCGGCUCCCGGUCUCCCUCCCUCUCCUCGCCUCCCGGCAUUUGCUUUGCUCCGAGCUGAGCCGCGCGAUAGCUCACAACCGGGAUGGAGUCGGACGCGUCCACCUCGCCGUCGCGGCGGAGCACCAGCUGCUACAGCGACAGCGGCGAUUCCUCCUGCUCGGAGCCCUUCAGCGAGUGUGGCAGCGACGACCUCUCCUUCACGCCUGCCGCCGCCGCGGGCAUCCACCGCUUGCUGCUGUCCUGCGCGGCCGAGGCGUCGGAGGACGCCAUCUCAUCGCUCGUCGCGGAGCUGGAGUCGCCGUCGCCGUCGCUGGACUCGCUCCGGCGCGCGGCCAUGGAGCUCCGGCUGCUGGCCAAGCACAACCCGGACAACCGGGUCCGCAUCGCGGCGGCAGGGGGCGUUCGGCCGCUCGUUCCGCUGCUGUCCCACGCGGACCCGCUGCUGCAGGAGCACGGGAUCACGGCGCUUCUCAACCUCUCGCUCUGCGACGAGAACAAGGCGAUCAUCGUCGAGGCCGGCGCGAUACGGCCGCUGGUGCACGCGCUCAAGUCCGCCGCGUCGCCCACGGCGCGGGAGAACGCCGCGUGCGCGCUGCUCCGCCUAUCCCAGCUCGACGGCGCCGCUGCCGCCGCCAUCGGCCACGCGGGCGCGAUUCCACUGUUGGUCUCCCUCCUCGAGACCGGCGGCGCGCGCGGGAAGAAGGACGCCGCCACGGCGCUCUACGUGCUCUGCAGCGGCGCGCGCGAGAACCGCCUCCGCGCCGUGGAAGCCGGCGCCGUUCGCCCCCUGCUCGACCUCAUGGCUGACCCUGAGUCCAGCAUGGUGGACAAGGCCGCCUACGUUCUCUACUCUCUGGUGGGCUCCGCCGAGGGCCGCUCCGCCGCAGUCGAGGAGGGCGGUGUCCCCGUCCUGGUCGAGAUGGUGGAGGUCGGCACCUCGCGGCAGAAGGAUAUCGCCACCCUCUCCCUCCUGCAGAUCUGCGAGGACAACGCCGUGUACCGCAGCAUGGUCGCCCGCGAGGGCGCCAUCCCUCCCCUCGUCGCCCUCUCCCAAUCCUCUUCCGCCCGCCCCAAACUCAAAUCCAAGGCAGAGGCGCUGAUCGAGAUGCUUCGGCAGCCGCGUAGCCCAAGCCUCCGCGCAAGGCCGGUGGCGGUCGUUGCGGCGGAGUGACCCCAUCCCAAUCCCACCCUACCUUGUUCGUGCCAGCUUUCUUCACUUCUUCGGCGAGACGAGCUGGCGCCGGUCGGCCGGCCGGCACGCGCGUGUAAAUAUCAAGCAGCGUGUUUGCGUCCACGAGCGAGUGUACAGUAUCCUCAAGCGAGAUGUUCGUCGGGAGAACCGAAGAACAGUCUAGUCUCCGUGUAAUUUCCACCUUCCCAGCCUUCUUUUUAUUCCCUUUCCUCCUCUAGUUUGGUUGCUUUGCUCCCUCGCCGGCCGCGGCGAGGCAAAGGUGUGUGCAGCAAAACUGCAAAAAGGCUUCGAAUUCGCGUGUGCUCGUGUGGGUUGGAUUGUGCUAGUCCGUGUGUGUACGUGCGUUGGGUUGGUUUCUGAUUUUCAGUGGAUACGAGAAAACCCUCUGUUUCUCUGAAAGCACCGUUUGGUUGGAAUUGGAAACCGGCGAUCGGGGAUUGGAUCGUGCUGUUGAA